AUGCAGAGCAGCCCCUCCCCUGCUCACCCUCAACUCCCAGUCCUACAGACACAGAUGGUGUCGGACGGCAUGACAGGCAGCAAUCCUGUGUCCCCUGCCUCAUCCAGUUCCCCAGCCUCUAGUGGGGCAGGUGGCAUCUCCCCCCAGCAUAUAGCUCAAGAUUCCUCUCUGGAUGGACCUCCAGGGCCCCCAGAUGGUGCCACCGUGUCCCUGGAGGGGCUCAGCUUACUCCAGGCCGCUGACUUGGCUAACAAGGGCCCAAAGUGGGAGAAGAGCCAUGCUGAGAUCGCAGAGCAGGCCAAGCAUGAGGCUGAGAUUGAGACUCGGAUUGCUGAGCUUCGGAAAGAGGGUUUCUGGUCACUGAAGAGGCUGCCUAAAGUACCCGAGCCUCCCCGCCCCAAAGGCCACUGGGACUAUCUGUGUGAGGAGAUGCAGUGGCUCUCUGCUGACUUCGCUCAGGAGCGCCGUUGGAAACGGGGUGUGGCCCGUAAGGUAGUGCGAAUGGUGAUCCGGCACCAUGAGGAACAACGGCAGAAAGAGGAACGGGCCCGGAGGGAGGAGCAGGCUAAGCUGCGCCGAAUUGCCUCCACCAUGGCCAAGGAUGUCAGGCAGUUCUGGAGCAAUGUGGAGAAGGUGGUGCAAUUCAAGCAACAGUCCCGGCUGGAGGAAAAGCGCAAAAAAGCUCUGGACCUGCACCUGGACUUCAUUGUGGGGCAAACUGAAAAGUACUCAGACCUUCUAUCUCAGAGCCUCAACCAGCCAGUAGCCCUCAGCAAAGCUGGCUCCUCCCCUUGUCUUGGCUCUUCCUCAGCUGCCUCUAGUCCUCCACCCCCAGUUUCCCAGCUGGAUGAUGAAGAUGGGGACUUCCAACCCCAAGAGGAGGAAGAAGAGGAUGAUGAGGAGACGAUUGAGGUUGAAGAACAGCAGGAAGGCAAUGACGCAGAGACGCAGAGGCGUGAGAUUGAGCUGCUUAAACGUGAGGGAGAAUUGCCACUGGACGAGCUGCUCCGUUCCCUUCCCCCUCAGCUGCUAGGAGGGCCUUCCAGCCCCUCAAGAACCCCCUCAUCUCAUGAUAGUGACACCAGAGAUGAACCUGAAGAUGGUGGUGAAGAAGAGCCCUCUCAGGUGUUGAAGGUAACCCCCCCGCCCUCCUCUGUUGCACAGCGUAACAAACAGCCUUGGCAUCCAGAUGAGGACGAUGAAGAGUUCACUGCCAAUGAGGAUGAAGCGGAGGAUGAAGAGGAUACCAUAGCAGCUGAGGAGCAGUUGGAAGGGGAGGUGGAUCAUGCCAUGGAGCUGAGCGAGUUGGCUCGAGAAGGUGAGCUCUCUGUGGAGGAGCUAUUGCAGCGAUAUGCAGGAGCCUAUGCCUCUGAUGCCUCUGCCCCAGAUUCUGGCAGUAGUGAAGAGGAAGAGGAAGAUGAGGUUAAUGCUAACAGCUCUGACUGUGAACCAGAGGGGGCCAUAGAAGCUGAAGAGGCUCCUCAGGAGGAUAGUAGCAGUCAAUCAGACUCUUCUGAGGAGCAGAGUGAGGACGAGAAAGAUGAGCAUUCCGAGGAGGAAGAAACAAGUGGGAGUUCAGAAUCAGAGGAAUCUGAGUCUGACGAGUCUGAGGAGUCCCAGUCACAGAGCCAAGCAGAGGAGGAAGAGGAGGAAGAGGAGGACGACUUUGGGGUGGAAUACUUGCUUGCCCGGGAUGAAGAGCAGAGUGAGGCAGAUGGGGGCAGUGGACCUCCCACCCCAGGGCCCACCACCCCUCGAGGCCCUAAGAAAGAAAUUACUGACAUUGCUGCAGCAGCUGAAAGUCUCCAACCCAAGGGUUACACCUUGGCUACUACCCAGGUGAAGACACCAAUUCCCUUGCUCCUGCGAGGCCAGCUCCGGGAGUACCAACAUAUUGGGUUGGACUGGCUGGUUACUAUGUAUGAGAAGAAGCUUAAUGGCAUUCUUGCUGAUGAAAUGGGGCUGGGCAAGACGAUCCAGACCAUCUCCCUGCUUGCCCACUUGGCUUGUGAGAAAGGUAACUGGGGUCCUCAUUUGAUCAUUGUCCCCACCAGUGUGAUGUUGAACUGGGAGAUGGAACUGAAGCGUUGGUGCCCCAGCUUUAAAAUUCUCACUUACUAUGGAGCCCAGAAAGAGAGGAAGCUCAAGCGGCAGGGCUGGACCAAGCCCAAUGCCUUCCAUGUGUGUAUCACGUCUUACAAGCUGGUGCUGCAGGAUCACCAGGCCUUUCGCCGCAAAAACUGGCGCUAUCUCAUUCUGGAUGAAGCUCAGAACAUCAAAAACUUCAAGUCACAGCGUUGGCAGUCACUGCUCAACUUCAACAGCCAGAGACGCCUGCUCCUGACAGGAACUCCCUUGCAGAAUAGCCUUAUGGAGCUGUGGUCCUUGAUGCACUUUUUGAUGCCCCAUGUCUUCCAGUCUCACCGAGAGUUCAAAGAGUGGUUCUCUAACCCCCUAACUGGCAUGAUUGAGGGUAGCCAAGAGUACAACGAAGGUCUAGUCAAACGCCUCCACAAGGUUUUGCGGCCUUUUUUAUUGCGCCGAGUUAAGGUGGAUGUUGAGAAGCAGAUGCCUAAAAAGUAUGAACAUGUUAUCCGCUGCCGGCUCUCCAAGCGCCAACGCUAUCUCUAUGAUGACUUCAUGGCACAAACUACAACUAAAGAGACACUAGCCACUGGCCAUUUUAUGAGCGUCAUCAACAUUCUGAUGCAGCUGCGAAAAGUCUGUAAUCAUCCAAACCUGUUUGACCCUCGACCUGUUACCUCCCCCUUCAUCACCCCAGGCAUCUGCUUCAGCACCGCCUCUCUGGUCCUAGGGGCGACUGAUAUCCAUCCCCUCCAGCGGAUAGACAUGGGUCGUUUUGAUCUUAUUGGCCUAGAGGGUCGAAUUUCUAGAUAUGAGGCCGACACAUUUCUACCCCGGCACCGCCUGUCCCGCCGGGUACUGCUAGAGGUGGCUACUGCUCCUGAUCCCCCACCCCGGCCCAAGCCGGUCAAGAUGAAGGUCAACAGGAUGUUGCAGCCAGUGCCCAAGCAAGAAGGCCGGACAGUGGUGGUAGUGAACAGCCCACGGACCCUCCUGGGUCCUGUCCCAGUCCGACCCCCUCCAGGCCCGGAGCCAUCAGCUCAGCCGACCCCUUGCCCAACCCCUCCACUGCUGCCAGCACCAGUGAUGGUGUCAACCUCGCCUACCGGAUCCCCACUUAUUCCGGCCUCCAGGCCUCCAGCCCCUGUUCUGUUGCCCCCACUGCAGCCAAACAGUGGGCCUCUUCCCCAGGUGUUACCUUCCCCCCUAGGGGUCCUGAGUGGAACCUCACGGCCUCCCACACCAACCCUGUCCCUGAAGCCAGCCCCACCUGCCCCUGUUCGCCUGAGUCCUGCCCCACCCCCAGGCUCUUCCAGCCUGUUGAAGCCCCUGACAGUGCCACCAGGCUAUACCUUCCCAUCUGCCACUGCCACUGCCACCACUACUUCUACCACCACAGCUACUGCUCCUACCACGGCAGUACCAGCUCCUACUCCUGCACCACAGCGCCUCAUCCUGUCUCCCGAUAUGCAAGCUCGCCUGCCCUCAGGUGAAGUGGUCAGCAUCGGCCAGUUGGCCUCACUGGCACAGCGCCCAGUGGCUAGUACAGGGGGAAGCAAACCUCUCACCUUUCAAAUCCAGGGCAACAAGCUGACUUUGACUGGUGCCCAGGUGCGCCAGCUUGCCGUGGGGCAACCCCGCCCGCUGCAAAUGCCACCAACCAUGGUGAAUAAUACAGGCGUGGUGAAGAUUGUAGUGAGACAGGCCCCUCGGGAUGGACUGACUCCGGUUCCUCCGUUGGCCCCAGCACCCCGGCCUCCGAGCUCUGGGAUUCCAGCUGUGUUGACUCCACGGCCCACAUUAACCCCUGGCCGGCUACCCACACCUACUUUGGGUGUUGCCCGGGCUCCCAUACCUACAUCCACUCUGGUGAGGCCCCUUCUCAAGCUGGUCCAGAGUCCUUCGCCUGAAGUCAAUGCUUCAGCAACCGGAACUGCUCCCUUGACCAUCUCCUCUUCCCUUCCUGUGCCAUCUUCACUCCCUGGGCCAGCAUCUUCAAUGCCAGUUCCCAACUCCUCUCCCCUUGCUAGUCCUGUGUCCUCUACAGUCUCCGUUCCAGUGUCAUCUUCACUCCCUAUCUCUAUCUCCACCACGCUUCCUGCCCCAGCCUCAGCUCCACUCACCAUCCCAGUCUCAGCUUCCUUACCUGUUUCGGCUUCAGGCCCAACUGUGUUGACCACUGUGACUCCAACAGUGACCCCUGUUGUCUCAGCGGCUCCUGGGCUUCCCUCUUUGGCACCAGCUGGGACUUCCCCAUCAGCCUCGGCCUUGACUUUAGGUUUGGCCACAACUUCAUCCCUGUCCCCAUCUCAGGCACCUGGCCACCCUCUGUUGUUGGCUCCAGCCUCUUCACAUGUCCCAGGGUUGAAUUCAGCUGUGGCUCCAGCAUGUUCACCUGUCCUGGUGCCAGCUUCUGCUCUGGCUAAUUCUUUUCCGGCAGCACCAAAUCCAGCUCCAGCUCAGGCUUCCCUUCUGGCUCCAACACCUUCUGCAUCUCAGGCUCUAGCCACCUCUAUGGCUCCCAUGGCGGCUCCACAGACAGCAAUCCUGGCUCCUCCAGCUCCUUCCCUGACUCCUCUUCCAGUCCUGGCUCCAUCACAGACUUCAAUUCCAGUACUGGCUACAUCACCUACUCCAGGAACUCCUAUAGCCUCAGCUUCUUCACUGGUGCCAGUCCCAACUCCUGGUUUGGCUCCGUCAUCAACUCAAACUAUGGUACCAGCCCCGAAUCCGUCACCUCUCCCAAGCCCAGCUUCUACACAGACACUGGCCUUAGCCCCAGCUUUAGCAUCCACUCUUGGCGGCUCGUCUCCAUCUCAGACACUAUCUUUGGGAACAGGGAAUCCCCAGAAGCCCUUUCCAGCUCAGACAUUAUCAUUGACUCCAGCAUCGUCCCUAGUACCAGCUCCAGCCCAGACACUGUCUUUGGCACCAGGACCACCACUGGGUCCAACUCAGACGCUUUCCCUGGCUCCAGCACCCUCUCUGGCUCCUGCUUCUUCGAUGGGCCCAACUCCAGCUCACACUUUGACUUUGGCUCCGGUAUCAUCAUCUGCUUCAAUCCUGGCCCCAGCUUCAGUGCAAACACUGACCCUGAGUCCUGCCCAAGUUCCAGUGCCCACCUUGGGCCCAGCCACAGCUCAGACUCUGGCACUGGCCCCAGCCUCAACACAGGUCCCAGUUUCCCAGGCAUCCUCCCUUGUGGUUUCUGUUCCUGGGGCCGCUCCCUUGCCCAUCACCAUGGUAUCCCGGCUGCCUGUUUCCAAGGAUGAGCCUGAGACACUGACAUUGCGCUCUGGUCCCCCCAGCCCUCCCUCCACUGCUACCUCGUUCAGUGGUCCCAGGCCUCGACGCCAGCCCCCACCACCACCUCGUUCCCCUUUCUAUCUGGACUCUCUAGAGGAAAAGCGAAAACGACAGCGGUCUGAACGCCUGGAACGGAUUUUCCAACUUAGUGAGGCUCAUGGGGCCCUGGCACCUGUGUAUGGGACUGAAGUCCUGGAUUUCUGUACCUUGCCCCAACCUGUUGCCAGCCCCAUCGGCCCUUGUUCUCGCCCCAGCCACCCCACCUUUUGGACUUAUACUGAGGCUGCCCGCCGGGCUGUACUGUUUCCUCAGCAACGCCUAGACCAGCUGUCUGAAAUCAUUGAGAGGUUCAUCUUUGUCAUGCCUCCUGUGGAGGCACCUCCCCCUUCCCUGCAUGCCUGCCACCCACCUCCUUGGCUGGCCCCACGUCAGGCAGCCUUCCAGGAGCAAUUGGCCUGUGAGCUCUGGCCCCGGGCUCGUCCUUUGCACCGUAUUGUGUGUAACAUGCGCACCCAGUUCCCUGACUUGAGGCUUAUCCAGUACGAUUGCGGAAAGUUGCAAACGUUAGCAGUGCUGUUGCGACAGCUCAAGGUGGGGGGCCACCGAGUACUCAUAUUCACCCAGAUGACUCGGAUGCUGGAUGUACUGGAGCAGUUUCUAACCUACCACGGUCACCUCUACUUGCGUCUGGAUGGGUCUACUAGAGUUGAACAAAGACAGGCCUUGAUGGAACGAUUCAAUGCAGACAAGCGUAUAUUCUGCUUCAUCCUUUCAACUCGGAGUGGGGGUGUGGGCGUGAACCUGACGGGAGCAGACACUGUUGUUUUUUAUGACAGCGACUGGAAUCCCACCAUGGAUGCUCAGGCCCAGGAUCGCUGUCACCGAAUUGGCCAGACCCGAGAUGUUCACAUCUAUAGGCUUAUCAGUGAACGGACAGUGGAGGAGAACAUCCUAAAAAAGGCAAAUCAGAAGAGAAUGUUGGGAGACAUGGCCAUUGAGGGAGGCAACUUUACAACAGCGUAUUUUAAACAGCAGACCAUUCGAGAGCUGUUUGAUAUGCCCCUGGAGGAGUCAUCUGGCUCCUCUAUACCCUCUGCCUCUGAAGAGGAGGAAGAAACUGUGGCCAGCAAGCAGACCCACAUCCUGGAGCAGGCAUUAUGUCGGGCAGAAGAUGAAGAAGAUAUCCGUGCAGCCACCCAAGCCAAGGCUGAACAGGUUGCUGAGCUUGCAGAAUUCAAUGAGAAUGAUAGUUUUCCUGCUGGUGAGGGAGAGGAGGCUAGUCGGCCUGGGGCUGAGGAUGAGGAAAUGUCCCGAGCUGAGCAGGAAAUUGCUGCCCUUGUCGAACAGCUGACCCCUAUUGAGCGCUAUGCUAUGAAAUUUCUGGAAGCUUCAUUGGAGGAGGUGAGCCGAGAGGAGCUCAAGCAGGCAGAAGAGCAAGUGGAAGCUGCCCGCAAGGACCUGGACCAAGCCAAGGAGGAGGUGUUCCGCCUACCCCAAGAGGAGGAGGAGGGACCAGGGGCUGGGGAUGAGGUUUCCUGUGGGACUGGUGGAGGCAGCCACCGGCGCAGUAAGAAGGUCAAGGCCCCUGAAAGGCCAGGGACUCGAGUCAGUGAGCGUCUUCGUGGAGCCCGGGCUGAGACUCAAGGGGCAAACCACACUCCUGUUGUAUCCACUCAUCAUACCCGCAGCACUUCCACGCCCCCCCGCUGUAGCCCUGCCAGGGAGCGAGUUCCCAGGCCAGUGCCUAAGCCUCGACCCACUCCUCCAGCUUCAGCUGCUGCAGUUCCCAUCCCAGUCCCUGCCCCAAUUCCCAUUUCAGCUCCAAAUCCAUUAACCAUGCUUCCUGUCCCUAUCUUGCCUUCUCCCCCACUUCCUCCACAGAUUCCUCCCCCUUGUUCUUCUGUCAGUACACCACCUCCUGCCUAUACCCCUCCACCAGCUCAUACCCCACCUCCAGCUCAAACCUCUGUCUUAACUCCUACCUCCCCUCUCUUGCUUAAUCGACCUUCUGUGCCCAUCUUUCCCCCAGUCACCAACCUCUCCUUGGACUUGGGGCCUGAGGCAGAGCUGUGUACACAAACAUUGGCAUCUAGUGAGUCCCUAGAGCUGGUUGAUGUGGCCCCCUCUGAGACUUCCCCGCCUACUCAUGUGCCCCCUAAGGAUCUGUUGCCAGUUGCUGUUGAGAUCCUGCCUGUGACAGAAAAGAACCUUUCUCUCACCUCUUCUGCACCUAGCCCAAUCCUGGAGACUGGCAGUUUCCCCAAUGGUCAAGAGCAGGAGGUACCAGAGCCUGCUGAGGGGACCAUCCUCUCAGUGCUGCCUGAUGGUGAGGAGGUGCCCACAUGUCCGAGUGAGAACAGUGGUGUGGCGCUCCCACCUUCCGCAGUAUCUGAUGAGCAACUUCAGUUGCCAUUGGAGGCUGACAAGAACUCAGAAGAGCUCAUGGAAGCCCAGACCCCAACAUCCAGCCCACAGAAGCUGCAGGAACUUGCUUCAGCUGAGGUUACAGCUCCAUCAACCUCAUCUUCAGCCACCUCCUCACCUGAGGGUUCUUCACCUGCCCGGCCCCCUCGACGUCGCACCAGUGCCGAUGUAGAAAUUAGGGGUCAAGGGGCUGGUCGGCCGGGGCAGCCUCCAGGCCCCAAAGUUCUUCGCAAGUUGCCAGGACGGCUAGUGACUGUGGUAGAGGAAAAGGAACUGGUGAGGCGACGGCGACAGCAGCGGGGAACUGCCAGCGUUCUAGUGCCUGGGGUCCCGGAGACUGGUGCCAGCCCAGGAAGCCCAUCUGCCCGCAACAUGUUGGGGCCAGAAUCCUCACCACCUACCAGUGGGCCCUGUGAAACUGCUGCCCCAUCCGUACUGCCCACCCCAACCCAGCAGCCCUUCAUAGCUCGCCGUCACGUUGAGCUGGGGGUGACUGGAGAGGGCAGUCCAGAGAAUGGAGAAGGGGCACUGCUUGCCAUCACCUCUCCUGCUAUGAAACGUCGGAGGGGGAGGCCUCCCAAGAAGAACAGGUCUCCCGCAGAUGCUGGACGAGGGGUGGAUGAGGCCCCUUCGUCCACCUCCAAGGGAAAAACCAACGGGGCUGACCAGGUUCCAGCUGGGGCUGACCCCCUUACUGUUGCAGAGCCUGUUUUGGGACCCCCACUUAUUGCUGGGCCCCAGCCUCUUGAACCCCAGCCAACUCAUAGACCCGAGCCCAUCAUCCUAUCACCUGUGGAGAAAAGAAGGCGUGGGCGGCCCCCUAAGGCACGUGACUUACCCAUUUCUGGGACCAUUUCCUCUCCAGGGGAUGGCAGCUUAGAGAGCAGGACACAGCCGCUCCCAAUGCCACCACUUCCACCACUCCUAGCCUGUCCCAUUGCUACUGUCGCCAACACUGUCACCACUCUUACCAUUUCAACAUCCCCACCUAAGAGGAAGCGAGGCCGGCCUCCCAAGAAUCCGCCAUCGCCACGGCCCAGCCAGGUCCCUGUUUUGGACCGUGACACGUCUUCUGUCCUGGAGAGCUGUGGACUGGGGAGGCGGCAGCAACCCCAGGGCCAGGGGGAGAGUGAGGGUAGUUCUUCUGAUGAGGAUGGAAGCCGCCCACUCACCCGCCUGGCCCGCUUGCGCCUUGAAGCAGAGGGGAUUCGGGGACGAAAAAGUGAAGGGUCCAUGGUGGUGGCUGUAAUUCAGGAUGACUUGGAUUUGGCAGAUGGACCAGGCGGGUUAGAAUUGGCACCUCCCGUGGUCUCGGCUCCAAAACUGCGCUCCACCCGGCUACGCCCAGGUUCUCUAGUUCCCCCACUAGAGACGGAGAAGGUGCCUCGCAAACGGGCAGGUGUCCCAGUUGGCAGAGGUCCUGGGCAGGCAAAGCGGAGCUGCCUGCAGUCCCCAAGUCCCCUGGGGCCUGAAGGUUCAGUAGAAGAGUCUGAGGCUGAAGCCUCAGGUGAAGAGGAGGAAGGGGAUGGGACCCCACGCCGCAGGUCUGGCUCCCACCGCCUUGGGGCAACAACCAACCAAGGGGACCAGCGCAUCCUACGCAGCAGUGCCCCACCCCACCCAGCUGGCCCCACUGUUAGUCACAGAGGCCGAAAGGCCAAGACGUGA